AUGGAGGACACAGCCACAGCCCCGCUGGGCGGUGAGCCCCACUAUCACUACGGGGAGGGGAACAAGAGCAGGCCGGGAGCACAGUGUGAGUGGCCGGCAGACUGGGAGGUGUCCUUCUCGCUGCUGCCCGUGCUCUACAUGCUGGUCUUCGUGCUGGGGCUGUCAGGCAAUGGGCCGGUGAGCUUCACUGUGUGGCGGGAUCCACGAGCCAAGCGCCUCUCUGCCGACACCUACAUCGGCAACCUGGCGCUGGCCGACCUGGCCAUCGCUGUGACCCUGCCUCUGUGGGCUGCCUACAUGGCGCUGUUCUGCCACUGGCCCUUCGGCUUGGCUCUGGGGAAGCUCAGCAGCUACCUGGUGCUGCUCAACAUGUUCGCCUCCGCCUCCUGCCUGGGCUGCCUCAGCAUCCGGCGCUACCUGGCCAUCUUGCAUGUCCGCACUGCUCUCGGUGCCUGCGCUCUGCCUGCUGUCCCUGCCUGCCCUGCUGCUGCAUGA